AUGGAGAAAAAAUACCCAGUGAUAGCAGGAAGAGAAAGAGGGCCAGGGCCGGGGCGAUAUGGGCUUCCUCCCACCAUUGGAUUUAUGGGCCAUGACUUCACCAAGCCCACAAGCCCUGCCUACACCUUCCAUGGCAGGAUGAGUGACACAAUGUAUUGUGUAGACUCAAGUCCAGGGCCACAGUAUCACGUUGAUGCAAAAAUCACUCGCUUUGGAAGGGACGGCACACCUGCAUACUCCAUGCUGGGCAGAGUGAAGGCACAGAAGGAGCUUUUCCAGACACCUGGCCCAGGAGCAUACAGCCCUGAGAAAACCCCCCCCUGCAACCUGCAGCGCAGACCCCCGUCCUACACCAUGGGCUCUCGUACUCACUACCGGAGCGUGGAUCCAGUACCGGCUCCGAACAAGUACUGUCUCCCUCCUCUCAUGGGCCCUCAGGUCCCAAACAAGCAGGCCAGCGCAAGCUAUACGAUGUCAGGUAGUUACAGCUCAGGGGGCCCGUCUGUGGAUUUAGCACAGACCCCGGGCCCGUGCAGGUACAACAGCACGGACCCAAGUGUGUAUCUACCCAGACAGCCGGCCUUCUCGAUGCUGGGACGCCACGGCUUACCUAAAGAUGCCACCAAGAAACCUGGACCCGGAACUUAUAAUCCUGAGAGAGUGACGGUUGACAAGGCCCGGGCCCCUGCCUUCUCCCUGGGCAUCAGACACUCAGAGUUUGUUACUCCGCUGGUGGUCAAUGUUUCGGACUGAACGUCUUCAGAAUGAA